AUGUUCUCGUUGAAAUCCAACGUCAAGAGUUUGGAAUCAAGUCCCUGUUUGAUUCUGUCUAUUAAAUCAGACUGUGAUUGCAGAUACUCCAAAUACUCUUCGUUGGACAAAUCGCGUCCUGGUUCCUCGAUAGUUGAUCUUUUCUUGAUAUGUGUUGGUGUUAGCGGUGGUAUGGAAACCUCCGAGUCGUCGCUCUCGACCUCUAUGUCCUUGAUUUCUUCUUCAACCUCGGUCUUUAUAGGUCUUUCCUUGGGCUUUUUAAGUGUGGCUUUCUUCUCAACAACCGGCUCUGCUGGUUCGUUUUGA